AGGCACUUGGUGAUGCUCAUAUUCUGAAGGCAUCCUUCCAGUCAGACUUCGCUCCACUUGUCCAUCUCUCUCUCAACCUCCUGAACACUCAUGACUUUCAACGAACGAACGCCUUUGCUACAGGAUAACGAUGACGCAGUGUCUAGAAAUGCGCCUGAGAUUCAAGAACACGAUCUGCACGAUCCAGAACAAGUCAAUGUUGGAGGAGGCAAACCUCAAGUGUCCAUGCUCACUAUCGUACGUUCGUCGAUAUGCAGCGACGUCAUUGGUAUUCGCUCUGCUAAAAGAUUCCUUAUCACCAACCUUCAGAUGCUUCCACUUUCUAUUGGUAUUUUCCUCGCAGCCCUGGACUGAAUGAUCGUAGCUUCCUCCUUUGCUGCUAUUGGCAGUGAACUUAACGCACUCCAAAGCACAAGUUGGAUUGCAACCGCUUACAUGCUUACAACAACUAGUUUCCAACCAUUGUACGGGAAGCUAAGCGAUAUCUUUGGUCGGAAAUCCUGCUUGAUCUUUGCCUAUACAAUAUUCGCAAUUGGUUGUCUUCUGUGCGGAAUGGCUCGCAACAUCACAGAACUUAUAGCUGCAAGAGCCUUCUCUGGUAUUGGCGGAGGAGGGAUCACAACUCUUGCUACAAUCAUUAUGUCAGAUGUCGCUCCUCUGCGCGAAAGAGGGACAUGGCAGGGCAUCGGCAAUAUGUUCUUCGCGACAGGUCAAGCGGUGGGCGCACCACUAGGUGGAGUACUUGCUGACACCAUUGGCUGGAGGUGCGCGUUCCUAUUGCAAGUACCUAUAGCCAUUCUGGCUAUCAUUUCCGUCUCAGUCUCACUCAAACUGUCAAAGAACGAUCAUUUAGACUUUUAUGGGAAACUCAAGCGAGUGGACUUCCUAGGUGCCUUCACCCUCGUCCUCGCUGUCUUGACACUACUGUUGGGUUUGGACAGAGGCGGUAACAUCUCAUGGGACGAUCGUAUUGCCUUAACCUACCUUAUCACCUUCCUCGUUCUUUUCUUCGCCUUCCUCUUCGUCGAAAUGGAAUAUGCCAGGGAACCCUUUGCACCAAAGCACAUCCUGGUCAACAAGACGUUGAUCGCAAGCUAUAUGUGCAACUUCUUGUCUAUAGGCUCACAAAUGGCGCUUAUCUACCACGCUUCACUUUACUUUCAAGUGGUCAAAGGCAGAACGGCAAGCCAAGCUGGUCUUCUAUUCCUCCCAGGUGUCGCAGCUGCGGUUGCCGGCAGUCUCGGGGGCGGUUUGAUUGUCCAGUUCACCGGACAAUACUACGUCCUAACAGUCCUCACAUAUGCAUUGAGCUUCAUUGGGGCAACGAUUGCAACAUUUUCUACUGGUAUCUUGCUCCAUUCGGAUACGUUGGUGGUCAUAGGCUUAUCAGUAGCAGCUCUAGGCCUCGGUGCUGGGACAACGACCACUCUGAUAGCUCUUACAGCGAAUGCAGGUCCACAGGACCAAGCAGUUGCGACAGCUGUGUCAUAUCUUUUCCGUUCCACAGGUUCUGUAGUCGCAAUCUCUGUCGCCUCGACUGCAACCCAGGAAGCGCUUCGUCACGAGUUGUAUAAACGACUAUCUGGCAGCAACGUCGACGAAAUCAUUAAUCAUAGGCGAUCCAUGUAGCAUUCUGGAUAUGUGCUAGCCUCUACGGUAUCUCUUUGUUAUCGUCAUUCUUCGUCAAGGAGAAAACAUUGCACAAGUAACAUUCGCCUGGUCACUAGCUUUGGAGAUCCAAGUAUUCAAAACAGUAUACUAUUCGAAACUAUGUAGGGGGGUUGUUCUUUACAAUUGUUGUCUAAAUGUACAUUCUACUUGGUACUUUUC